CUACACAAAACAUGUGUUUUAAAUCCCACGUGACGCUUACAUAUUAGGCACCAACAACCCCGCAGCAGUCUUCCAACCUCUUGAACCCGACAAACCGUGAAUUACUUCUUCAUAAUAUUCUUUGAGCCUUUCAAUUUAUCGUUAAUAUGGCAUACAGCGAUUAUGAUCUCACGGGUUCUGCAAAGACUCUUGUUGAAGAGAUCAGAGACAUGAUUCAAGAAAACCCUGUGAUUGGCGAUAGGAAGCCUGGUAGUGGCCAUGAAUUCUCUGGCAAGGAAUUGUCUAGCAAGACCGCCCAGUUGGAGCAGGAGCUAAGCAAUGAGAAAUAUGCUUCUAGAUGCAAAGUCCUCCAUCUCGACCAUGGCGGAAUCAUCUACAAUAGAUCGGGUCAUUUGCUCGUUAUACCUUUGAACGGCUCUGCAGCUUUCGAGCGGACUACCUCUACACAAACGGACGAACCGUUACGGCCAUGUCAUUACCUCACGGAAACCAGGAAAAUCCGGGGGGACGAUAUCGAUGUUAUCCUUGUGGCUCUGGAGGAGAGAGAUUGAUUCAUAGUUGGGUCAGAUAGUGCGGGUUGUUGAAUGCUUAAUGAAAAAAUUAUGACAAUUAGAUAUAACAUAGGAAUCAAUAAAGCCCAUCAAGCGCUGCUUAUCAGUCUUUGACUGAUAUAUUUCUCCUUCAGAAUA